GAUAAGAAGAGCGAAGCCAGGAGAGAUUGUUAGAGUGGUCAUGGUGGAAGGAUCUCCUGAAUUAAAAGCAGUAUUUCAAUAUCAUCCAGAUUGGAAGGCGACUGGUUCACGAGUUCUAUGGAUUUAUCCUGAAGGUCUCCGUCGAAGUUUGGUGUGGUUAAAGAAACAGUACGGCGACGUAGAGAUCGUUGUUACGGAAAACGGUUAUAGCUCUAAAAUAAACAAUAGGGAAGACACAGAUAGGAUUAACUUUAUCAAAACUUAUUUAGAACAGUUACUGCUUGCUAUUAAAGAGGACGGGGUCAAUGUUACUGGUUACACCGUGUGGUCUUUAAUGGAUAACUUCGAAUGGGGUGAAGGCUAUGGGUCGAUGUUUGGGUUAUAUUCAGUGGACUUCAAUAAUCCAAGCAGACCGCGUACAGCGCGUCAGUCAGCUUUGUAUUACGCAAAUGUUAUCAAAGCUCAUAACUUGGAUGUAACCACAUCAUCGACAACCAACUCAAGCGAGACAAACUAAUACAGUAUUGCAACUAAAGUUAGCA